GCGGUCAGGUGAUCAGCGGCUAGGCUAGCCGAGCCUAGCUUGACACGGACGAUGCUAUUCACAUAACGGACGGACGUGGGAAAGCGGGCGCUAAUAGUGACAUCGUAGACACACACACACAAAGAAAAACAAAAGAGGAAAACGCCCUCCUCGUGUUAGGAGUGUGUGCGCUGUAAUAACACACAAGUCGGGGAAGUUUGGUGGUUUAAAGGUGGAUUUUAAAGCCCUCCGGUGUGUGGGCGGGGCGACACCAGCCCGGACCCGCAGUCAGUCACACGGUCCGUCGGUCGGUCGGUGCACAAGCGACCGGAGCGGUGCCGAAAUAUUUCUCUCUUUUUUUUUUUUGUUGGAUUAUCCAUCUGGAUUCCACGUUUCCCCCCUGGAAAUUUGCCUUUAGCUGAUGGAAACGGGCAUCUGUAGCCAUGUGUGCCAAUGUGUUUGGAGUUCUGAAGAGCCUGUUUGGGAAGCCCUUUGAUGGUGGGAAGAGGAUGGACCAUGGCGGCCCACCACAGCAGCAACAGCAACAUCCGAUGCAGCAGCAGGCGUACCAGCCGCAGCACCCAGCCAUGAUACGUCUGUACGAGAUCCAGAAGGAGGUGGCGUCUCUGGGGCCGCAGGUCUGCACCUUCAGCGGCCUGCAGAACGACCGCGAGUACAAGCGGCUGGAGCGCGAGCUGACCCAGCUGCUGCUGGAGGUGGACAAGGUCGACACGGAGGGCAAGGCCGAGCUGCAGGCGGCACGCAAGCGGGCGGCACAGGAGGUAGAGGGCAUGCUGCGCUACCUGGAGGAGAACGCCACCCAUCCGUCCCGCCUGGCCAUCGAGGAGCUUAGCCGCGAGGCGCGCCGGCUGGUGGACGAGGGUGUCGUGGCACCGCAGCGUGCAGGCGGGGCGACGGAGAUCAGUGACGAGCUGGUGGACGCGUUGCAGGAGCUCAUCCUGAAGCUCACCCAGGUCAAGACCGGAGGGAGGGUGCCGCUCCGGAAAGCACGUUACCGGGCGCUGACCCGCCUGUGCGCUGUGCAGGACGUGAUAGAAGGGCGCACGCAGCAGCAGACCCUCUCCCUGCCGCUGUCGGGCGACACCCACGAGGCCGUGAACUGCAUCAACCAGGUGAUGGUGAAGGUGAGCGUGGCCCGCAGCCAGCUGGUGGCCCUGCUGAUGGGUCUGAGCGGGCGGGACAGCUGCGCCCACCUGUCACGCAUCCUCACGGAGAUGCAGGUGGAGCUGGACGCCCUGGACGUGUCCGGGAACGCGGCUGUCAGAAACUACCGGAAACAAGUGGUGGAGGAGAUCAACGGGCUGCUGAAACACCUGGACCUGGAGGGAGAAGGAGACGACACGCGCAGGUACGACCUGGCGCAGAACAACUCCAUCCGUGAGAUCGAGGCCGUGCGGGGUCACGUGUCCCACCUGCGGGGCGAGGUCCUGCGGCACUGCGGGAUGGGCGAGCUCAGCUUCCGCCCCAAAGCCGAGCUGCAGAGCCUCCUCACUCACCUGGACCAGGUGGACACGGGCAAGAACCCGUGCAUCAGGGAGGCCCGGCGCCGCGCCGUGGUGGAGGUGCAGGCCAUCAUCACCUUCCUGGACCUGCGCGAGGCCCUGUGCCGCCGUCAGCCGGGCCCCGCCGAGCACCCGUCCCACCGGGCCGUGUGGCUGGUGCUGGGCAGCCUGUCGGAGCUCCAGGCGCAGGUGCUGGGCUUCGACGGCAAGCGGGCCGACAAGAGCUACAUGAUGCUGGAGGAGCUGCUGACCAAACAGCUGCUGGCUCUGGACGCCGUGGACUCGCAGGGCGACGAGGGCACCAAGGUGGCACGGAAGCAGGCGGUGAAGUUUGCCCAGAACAUUCUCAGCUACCUGGACAUGAAGACAGACGAGUGGGAGUAUUGAUCCACCACAACAUGGCUCACAGAACAUGUUUUGUAGUUGUGACGGCCAUGUUGGAGGGUAAAAACACUGCAGCAGGAUGGGAGUGGUUGAUAACGUCUGUAUAUAAGCUGGUGCAUUAUCACCCCACAGGCUCGCCUCUGUAAAUAUUUGACUGAAAAUCCCAGAAUGCACUGCAGCAGCGCUUUUUUCGUCUAUUCGUGGUAGUCAUGGCCGACCCUGCUGAGAAGUCAACAGCAAAGAACUCCUUUUUUGUGAAAUUCACUUUGAAAAUUCAUUGUUCUCCUGACAUGUCAUGUGCUUUUUGAAGGUUUACAGAAAAAUGUUUUUGAGAUUUCCUGUGUGUGCGCGUGUGUGCGUGCGUGCAUGUGUGUGUGUGUGUGUGUGUGUGUGUGUGUGUGUGUGUGUGUGUGAAAGCUGUCGUCUGUGUGGUCGUCUUGGUGUGUGGUUGUUCAACCUGCUGCCAAAGCACUAAAUAAUGCCUGUUCCAGUGGUCGUAUCCUUCGGACUGCAGUUGAUAUUGAUAAGUUACCCCGGAGUGAUUGCUUUGUGUUGGCAUCGCUGUUUGGCUUAAUCUGUUUGGCUUAAUUUGACUGUCAGUUGUUAGUGAAGUCAGCUGAUCCAUGUGUUAAGUACAGUGAGCCAAUUAGUGAGAGAGCAGCAGGAGUCAAGAUUACCUGCCCCCCACUGCUGACAUGUGAGCUGGGCUGGGUGGCAGUGAUACCUGUUGGCACUGUGCCAGGUUUUGGAUGUUAAGAUGUCUUUGGCCUUGUUCACACUGCCAGCCAAAAUCCAUUUUUUGGCAUGUCCACAUUAAUUUUAGUAAGUCUGGACAGCAAAAAAAUACACAAAAUGCGAUUUUUGCAAAUCGGAUCCAAACCACAUUUUGAGGUGGUUUGAAAUGCAAAGCCAAUCAGAUUUCUACAGACGCGUCUCAGUCCGGAUGUUUUGGCCACUCAAAUCGGACCUCAAACUGUCUUUUUGCCUCAUUUGCAACCAAACACACAGUGAUGAUGUCAAAUCCAGAGAGACGGAAGUGCAGAAUCCGUCCUGCUGCGAGCAGAGCGGCAUGGAGACGCUGAAAUAAACUGUCCUCUGCCUCUUUUAGGGGAAGCUUCUGGACAUUUCUCCUGCUUCGCCAGUGUACAUAGUUACUGACAAUGAUGUCGUUACCAUAGCAACCCAUGCAGAUAGGUUGGUGAUGUCUAAACACAUAAAUCCGACCUGCUCACUCGCAAAUAACAGACAGUCAAUGUUGACUUGACUCUCUGAUUUGACAAACAAAUCUGAUUUACCUGCCGUCUGAACAAGGCCUUAAACAUCACAAAACGGAAAGAGUAACUAAACUCCAAACGUAAAUCUCAAUGAAGCCUGACCUCUAAUUUUGUAAAGUAAGGUGCCUGAUCAUGAGUGGCAGGUGAUGUCAUCACCUGUUCUCUAUCGGUGGUGCCGUCACCUGCCACCAAAGACCACACACCUUUUCAUCAUGAGAGGUCAGGCCUCACAGAGACUUGGGCUUGAGGUUUAGUUAAUUUUUUAAAAAAUUACCGGGCCAAUUCCAUCCAAAUGUCUGGUUUAAUUUUAAUGUCCUGGAGUAUGUGUUGAGAAAAUCAGUGCAGAGUGCAGAGUGCAGUCUGAUUGGGCUCCAAAAAGCAGAUGGCAUGCACAAGUGUUAAACAGGGGGGGGAAAAAACAAUCUAGAAUGAAAUGAACAACAAAAAUUUGGGAAAAAGUGUUAUUUCAGAAACAGUAUCAAAAGUGAAAUAUUAGAUGGAGAGCUGAGGCAUUUCCAUUUCAACAACACCUGGCGCCUCCAAACUCAGACAAACAAACCAGAGGUGAAUUGAGAGAGAGAGAACAGUGGGAGUUUACAUUAUUGAUGGCAGGCCUCUCUCCAGUCCUGCCUGACCCUGUUUGUCCCCUCAGCAUUUGAUUUGUGUUUCUGGUGGCGAUCCAAUACACACUUCGGGUGGCAAACACCCCAAGCCCUAAAAACCACGGCUGUUGUAGUCAAGCGGUCAAACCGGACAAAUGACAAACAAUAAGCCAAGCCUCUUCCACCCUGUGUGCUGCGAUCGAUAAGGGUAAACAAAGUUAACAUGAAUUUUUUUUUUUUUUUUUUUUUUUUGUGCAGUUGUUCUGAGUCAGGCGGCCGGCCACAAACAGGAUGUUUAGCGGAGACGGCAUGCAGUGCGUCUGGUUCUUGUGGAUAAAAAAUAAUCCCCCUGCCCUUACUGCUUGUGUAGUCAGUAGUCUGAAACAUGUUUCAAAUGUUUGUUGUGACUUUGCGUGUUUGCUUGGCUAAAAAUGGAGGUUCAGAGUCGUUGAGGUGGGAGUGAAAUUUUGCUGUUGCUGCUUUUGGUUUUGUUUCUGCCCAUUCGCUUUUCUGCUCGAGAGGAGUGAGACUGUGAGAGGCCGCGAGGAGAAGGAGGGGAGGGUGAGAUCCACCGGAUUGACAUAUUAAGGUUGAAAAACACAAGGCCGACAGUCAGGCAGAGUGGCGAGCGUUUGACGGUGAUCGCGGUCGACGGAGCCCUCUAGAAACCGCAGAGCUGCAGCUGAAGACGCAGGGAGGGAAGCCAGGGGAAGGAAAAGGACUUGGACAGAAGACAAGUCCAAAUCUCCGUGCCUUUAUUUUCACCCUUCCCCUUGACCUUUAUGUUGGAAAGCAAACCCUCGUCGUCCAUCGACUGAAGAGGGAGUGAGCAGCUGCUCUCUUUUUUGAUACGUACUAAUGCACAAGAAUGAGGAAACAAAAGCACUGAAUGUGUUUGUGGCGAGCACCUGGGCUACUAUCGCCAUAAGAAAUUUGCACUAGCUGUCAGAAAACAAAUUUUUCAACCCAGAUUAUAGGAACUACAGAAUUUAUUCACUGUUAAAGGCAGACCGGUCAAUAAUUUGAGACGAGAGAUGGGCAAUGCACAUUCAGCAGACAAGCAAUAAAGUGAAAAUACAUGCAUUCUUGCUGCAAGCAGGCCAAAAUCUUAAAUGUAAUUGAAUAUAAACAGAAAAAUCAUCCAUAGAGCAACUCCAAAGCCACCCAUUCAGCUCAUUGAGGUGUAUGGUAGUGUUGUCUCUGUUGACUCGCCAGCUAACAACUGAACUGGUGUUCAUAACGCAAAAUCAUAUAGGCGAGGAAGUAUAGAAGCAUUACAGGAGGCCAGUGGGGCAAAACCCAUCUUGCAAAACAUGUCUCCAAAAUUAUUUCAUCUCAACGUUCCUUGUAUUUGCAUUUCUUUAUGUAGACGUGAUCACAUGAGGACAUUAAGAUUAUAAUCACUGGAUGUGCUGCAGAAGUCAACCGGGCAGAGUGCCGGGUUGUCCCAUACGGGUGUGGCCUUUUGGAUCCGACACACGACCUGACGGCAAUAAAGGAGCCAAAAAAAAUCAAUGUUUUCUUUCGAUAAAUAAAUGAGUUGAAAAAUAGUUGAGGAGUAUAAAAGGAAAGCACAAAGGAGAGCACAGCGAGCACCAGCCUCAAGAGAGCGGUGACAAUAAAAGCCUCUCAUAAGAAGCGAGUUUAGCCGCCUCCCCACCACCACCCAAAGACUCUUGUGCUGCCACGGCAGGCCAGCGUUGGUGCAGAGGGGCGUCACAUUUGUCAUCCACAUGUACUGUAGCAAAGUCAUGGUGAAACUGUCCCUGGAUUACCAUCACAAUGCUUGCAGAAGCACAAAGAUGAUUUUUAAAUUUAACUUGAUGAAUAACCAACAAUGGUUAAUUUCUUGUGUGGCUCCAGUUUGCCUAACAGGCAGUGCAGCACAGCAACAGUCACCGCCCACACUCCUUUUGAACGUUUUGGUCCACACUUGCUCGUACGUAAGAAACAGCAUCAUUUCCUUUUUAAUAUAACAGCGUUUGAACACGCUCUCAAAUGUGUAGAUGCUUACAAACCAUGGGAUCAGCUCUGUGUGAAGAAAUGCAAAUAUAAGGAAUAUGACUGAAGUGAGGAUGUGAUGAUUUCUGCUGCAACGUGUAUGUUUAUACUGUCUUGAGAGGUAAUACAUGUCAGUUUUGACACGUGUUUGCAAGAGGAUUUUGACACCAACAUCCUUCCGCGAGGCCUGGAAAUGUGACGGAGAGUUUCCGUGGCCUCGUGGCUGCUCGCAGUGAGAAUGCAUGUUAAAAGGCCAACGACGUGUCUCGUGGUUUUCCUGGCAACGGCGCGUUACUACGUGAUUAACUCGUCAGCGCGCUGUUUGUUCGCCCAAACCGGCUGAAGUUGUCCUCUGUAUCUCUGCCUUGUUUCAAAAUACAAAAAAACAUAUUCCAGGCGACUCCCACAGAACCUUUUCAUCCGCUGCAUUAAGCCGCUGCUGGGGAUUUAUGGCACAAAGCGUCCAGCCAGCCCUCUGGGUGUGUGGAUGACUCAUACGGGAGAAGAUUCGAUUAAACAGAGUUGGUUAAACAUGGUCAGCCUGGCUCUUACUGCAACAGAUGCUUAUUCACAGCAAAACCUUACGCUCUCUCAAACCAAACCGACCCGGACACACCUUAAGUUCACCGCCUCUCUAGGUUUUUUUGUUUUGUUUAAUUUGUACGCGGAAUAUAUCUAUCAGUCCUUGCCGUUAACAGCAUUUCUAUACACUUACUUGCUUUUUGAACAUAUCCAUUUUGGUGAUUUUAAUACUGUAUAGUUAAUAUUACUUGGGAUAUUACUUUUUUUUUUAUAGUGUCUUCAUAGUGUCUUGAAGCCUAUUUUCUAUUCAGUAUUCACUAAGCCUCUAUGAAUAGAUGCGCUUCCCAUACAAAGUUGCACUCAACCUUAAAAAGAAGGAUGGCAGUGAGGUAAAGCAACAUUUUUCCUAAAAAUAGUGAGAUUUGUGGUAGAAUUUAUCCUGGCAUGAAAGUAAAAAAAAAACCUGAAUAAUUUCCUUAUUGGUAUUCUGGUCCCAAAACACUCCUCCUCCACAAAGAUGCUUUACUGGAUGCACAUGAACUCUGAUCCUGAGCGGUGUUUCAGUAUUUAAAAAAAAAAAAUCAUUUUCAGUUCUGAAUGGAUCAGAAAUAAUGGAAUUCAAAAUACAGAAUACAACUAUGACCGUAUUAUAAGAUCAAUGUGACAUUUUUGUGGAGAAACUUAGGUGCUCCUUGCUCUAAUUUUUCUCUCUUUUAUUUUUUUUUUUAAGAAUUAACACAAGAAAGGCAAUGGCAUUUUGAAAAAAAAAAAAAAAAAAUGAAAUGAGGACCAACAAGUCAAAUCAAUUUGAAAGAGAUGAACAUAAUUGUUACUAUGAUUUUUUGUGUGUGUGUGAUUGUGAAAAUAUUGUACGGUUUGUACAGACAACUGAGUCACUGAAGGGCAUUUUGAAAGCUGAGAUAUUUAAGCUUUUAAUUCAGUCAUGUCAAAGCAAUUGCUACAGAGUUGGCGUUUUUUAGGACAGAUACAAAAAAUAAGGCAUGUGUUUCAAGCGCUCUUAGAAAUUUGGUAUACAAAAUACCAGUUUUACAGAAAAUAAACCAAGUUUUUUUUCCCCCCUUAGAAAAAUACCACUCCCUCCCAUUCCAAAAAUCAACAACUGACUAGGAACCAAAUUUCUCGGUGGAACAGGAAUGGAAAACGUCGAAGCGAGACCCAAAAUGUGACUUAGUGCUGAAAGUAUUUGCUGCCCGUGUCCCGUGCUGCUGAGCGACCCGCAGGACGACGGGACGGGGCCGCUAAAAGCAGCUCCAGGUCACCGGGAGCGCCUGGACCCGGUGGCUCUGCAGUCCAUUAGUGCUGUCGCGUUGAAAGGGUUCAGAUCCGGCGGGUGUUUCAGGGUGGACUUGUAUCAUUUCUCAGCUCUGGGAGCACAACAAGUUACGUUCAACACUAAAGUGGGUUGAGUCGAUGGGAAAUAAACACCAUCCGCCAGCCAAAUGCUGAUGUGUUUUGGCAGCGGUCGGUGAGUUUUUCUUCUGGCAGGUUGCCGUCCCCAAUCUGGAGGUUUUUUUAUUCUACACUAAAACUCUGGUUGGCAGGUAAAACAGGAAAAGUGGCUUGUGGAUUUACAGAAAUACCAAGUUUCCUGCCCUAUAGGUUGAAUGUAGUCAUCGAGGAAUGUUUUGUUUGUGUAAAUCUUAGUACCAAAGUUGAUUUAUUUACGAGCACUUUUUGAGGUUCCUUUGUUACUGUUGCUUUGCCUUGUUUUUGACAGGAAUGUGUUCUGUGAUGGCAAAGGUACUGCAUUUCUUUCUUUCUUUUUUUUUUUUUUUUCUAAUCGAUGAUACGUUCUCUUCAGUCGCCUUUAACUGCGUUGAUUGUGACAGGCUUUCGCUGUUUCUCAUCCGAGAUGCGCUUGUACAAAAAAGCACACUGAGACUGGAAAAAAAAAAAACAAAAAGUUGUGUGAAUGCUCCAUGGAUAGUUUUGUUUUAAAAAAAUUUGUAUUCCUAUUGCAAAAUAAAGGACGGACGGCGUGUCUUGA